ACUUUAAAGGGGAAAAAAAUGUCCUGCCUUGUUAGUGAUUGGCCGAAAAGUUCUUUCUUUCUUCUUCAUGAUUUGCCAGAUGACUGGUGGGAACCGUCCCGAUUGGUCAGCUAACUCUACUGUAGACGAAAACCCCGCGCGCGCCUGAAAGAAAAAGCCGCCUUUUGGGGAUUCCACUCUGGGAGCAGGGCAGUCGGUGGAGACCAGGUCGGUGCUGCUAUGAGUUGCAUGAUGAUGCCGAGGGUGCAGCCAGGAUCCCCGCAGAAGGGCCGCGGCCAGAUACAGGUCAUCUUUGGACCCAUGUUCUCUGGAAAAAGCACUGAACUGAUGCGCCGAGUCCGUCGAUUUCAAAUUGCACAGUAUAAAUGUCUACUAAUCAAGUAUGCGAAAGAUACACGCUAUUGCGUCAAUGGAGUCUCCACACAUGACAGAAACACCAUGGGGGCCAUGUCAGCUUGUUGUCUCAAAGAUGUCCAGCAGGAGGCUCUGAAUUCCGCUGUGAUUGGCAUUGACGAAGGCCAGUUUUUUCCAGAUAUAGUUGAGUUUUGUGAGACAAUGGCCAACGCAGGGAAGACUGUCAUUGUGGCAGCCCUCGAUGGAACAUUUCAGAGAAAGGCUUUUGGAAACAUCUUACAACUGGUCCCCUUAGCAGAGAGUGUCGUGAAACUUAACGCUGUUUGUAUGGAGUGUUAUCGUGAGGCCUCUUACACUAAAAGGUUGGGAACAGAGAAAGAGGUGGAAGUAAUAGGAGGGGCAGAUAAAUAUCACUCAGUCUGCCGGGUCUGCUAUUUCAAGAAUCGACAACAGUUGGUAUCUGAAAACAAAGAGAACCUGCUAGGUGGGAAUAAGCCACUGGAUAUUAGUGCCUCCAGGAAAGUCUUGGCUACUCGUCAGAUCAUGCAAUGGAGUCCAUCUAAUUGAACAAAGGAAGCAAGAGAUCUGAUUCCCAGGUGGAUUUGAGGAAACAUUUUCCUGUCCUUCUUUCUAGCUUUGUAUUAAGCUGAUGUCCCUCCAACAAAUCAAAAAGAGUUGUUUUUAUGAGGAGCAACAAGGCUCGAAGACAUUAUAAUGCUAUGAAUAAGGAUGUUCUAUAUUGAGAAUUGCACUGGUUUCUUAGUCUCUAGAGGGAAGGUUUUGUAAUGUCAUUAGUGGCAUUUCCUCUUGCACAAAAUUUCCCCAAACGGUUUAAUUCAGAGUUUUAACGGCCGUAAUAGCUAAAAUAAAUUUACUAACAGCAAGUUGCACUAUGAAACUGGAACAUUGUUUUUCUAAAUCCAUCAAAUUGGGGUUUGAGGGAAGGGGAAUUCUUACUCUAUUCAAUAGGUAAAUCAUUUAGAAUGAAACAGGCUGUUGGGCUGUAAAGACUGAAUAGGUUAACUGAACAAAAUGUAUUUUUAUUUGGUGCUGUGUGUAUCUGCCUGUAAGUAAAGAUCGACUUUAAAAAAAAGGCCCUUUUCCAGCCCCUAUAAUUAAGAGCCUUCAUUUUAACCUUCCUGGACAGAGACUUGACAUCUUACAUUAUUGACUUAAAUAUAUUCUACUUUAUUAAAUGGCUACUAAUGUGUCAAGUCGUUUUAAGUAUUAUAUUCCUGCUUUAUACUUUCUAGCAUACUGCCUAGCAUUUUGGAAUGAGUAUCUGCAUUUCCUCUUUUUAAGUAAAUGUACCGGUAAUCUUUUUACACUGAAAACAUCCCCCAUGUCUUGCUUCUGUUUUCUUAGAAGUAGAAGCAGUAACUUCUGUAGUGGAAACCGAGGGGUUGGUUUUAAUCAAUGAUGUGUUGAAUAAAAUAAAUCUGCAAUCCCCAAGGAAGUUUAACGGGCUCAGUAAGGGUACAAAAUGGGGUACGGCAGGGAUGCAUCCUGUCCUCCUUCCUCUUCAACUUUUAUAUUAAUCCCCUGAUUGAUCUCUUACAGAACCCUGAUUUCUAUCCUCCUAACCUAGCACAAUGCAAAGUGCCAAUUCUCUUAUAUUGCUGAUGAUGCCGCUAUCAUUUCACAAACCCCAUAGGACUGAAGACAGCAAUUAGGGCAACACUCGGCUACUGGAGGCAAAACAAGCUGGUCCUUAACUUGGAUAAAUCCAAAAUUUUAGUUUUUGCUAAAAGACCAAGCCAAUACUCCUGGCAAAUAGAAGGAUAUAGUUUGGAACAGGUUAGAACAUGUAGAUAUCUUGGUGUGGUUUUCCACUCGCUAGGGACAUGGAAGGCACACCUGGAUCACACAUUGCAAGUAGCCAUUAGGUCCUCAAAUGCAAUCAAACAUUUCUUUUAUACAGGUGGAGGUCAGUUAGUACCUGCUGCCUUAAAACUUUUUGAGGCCAAAACAUUGGCACAAAUUCUCUACGGGGCACAAACAGGAAUCCUUGCAAAGAGAGACUUGCUAGAAACCAUACAAACUAAAUUCCUGCGAGCCAUCUUAGCUGCACCCAAUAGAACUCCAAAUGCCCAGUUAAGAAUUGAGACAGGCAUUCAGGUAAGAGCCUGGAAGAUGAUGAAGAAGAUGAUGAUCA